UUACAACAUGCAGAGCAGUGAUGCAAGUGACUCUCUCCUCAACUUUCACACUACAUCCCAAUCCUCCCAACAGAGCAGUGCGAGUGCCUCUACUAGUGCCCAACAAAGCAGUGCGAGUGCCUCUACUAGUGCCCAACAAAGCAGUGCGAGUGCCUCUACUAGUGCCUCUCUCCUCAACCAAUCCCAACAGAGCAGUUUAAGACUCAGUAGCAGUGAGAGUGCCUCUACUAGUGCCACUAGUGCCUCUCUUCUCAACCAAUCCCAAGAGAGCAAUUCAAGCAGCCUCAGUGCAAGCAUAGAUGCAAGUGACACUCCCCGGCGAAAGAAAUUCCUUUGCUCAGUUUGUAACUCCAGCUAUGCCUUCCAAACUGGUCUCUCCAGACACAUUAAGGACAAGCAUCGAGAUAAUAGUGAUGACUAUUUACAAUGCCAAUUCUGCGAAAAAAGGUUCAAAACUAUAUCAAGUCUAUCCACUCAUAUGGGGACAAGUCAUAAAGAAAAUGUUCUGAUAAAACACGAUUCUUUCAGUGACGUUGCAGCAUUUCAUGAAUGGAAAAGUAAAGAAGAAAGGCAAACACAGUCCUCAUUUGUACAGUCGUGUGGAACAAAGCGAACAAAAAGCACUGAGUAUACUUACUAUUACUGCAACAGACAGGGACAUUUUUGCUCACGAUCAAAUGGCAAACGUGUUAUGAAAUCACAGGGUACCUGCAAACUGGUGGAACAUUGCACAGCAUAUAUUAAAAUGACCAAAUGUGUUACUGACGGUACCGUGUCUAUACAAUAUUGCACCAGCCAUUCUCACGAAGUUAAUAUUGGACACCUCCGCCUUCCGAAUGAUGUGAGAGUUUCUAUUGCCACAAAGCUUCAAGAUGGAAUCCAAUCUGAUAAGAUAUUGGAUCAGAUACGAGACAAUGUAUCUCCGAAAACACUAGGAAGAGAACAUCUCAUAAGUAAGCAAGAUAUCCACAACAUUGAGAAGCAAUUUUGUGUAGAUGGAGUACAGAAACACCUAAAUGACUCCCAGAGUGUAAAUGCAUGGGUACAAGAGCUUCACUGUUCUGAGUACUCUCCUGUGCUUUUGUAUAAAAUGCAGGGAGUAGAAGAUGUGGCUAUCGGAACAACUUCUGCAUUUAGCAGAGAUGAUUUUGCCCUAUGCAUUCAGACAAAAUUCCAAUGCGAUAUGCUAUCAACGUUUGGGAAGAACGCAAUAUGCAUAGAUUCUACACACUCUACUAAUCAGUAUGAUUUUUUACUAAACACGAUCAUGGUGAUUGACGAGUUUGGCGAGGGGAUACCAGUUGCUUACUUGAUAAGCAACCACGAAACUGGAGCAGUUAUUGAGGCAUUCUAUGAGGCAAUAAAAUGUCAAGUUGGCAUGAUUGAACCUUUGGUUUUCAUGACUGAUGAUGCACCACAAUACUUUACCGCUUGGCAAAAUCAAUUCGGGCGUAACUCUCGAACACAAAAACUGUUGUGUAGAUGGCACUUAGACAAAACUUGGAGGGGAGCUAUACGUGAGAAGGUAUCUAGCGACCUUCAACCAGAAAUUUAUCGCUAUUUAUUGGUGUUACUACAUGAAACAACAUUAGCAGAAUUUAACAAAAAACUACAACAAUUUCUAAGUUUUUUGAAGGAAAAGAAACAGCAUUUGUUCCUGGAAUACUUUCAGAAAAAUUACUGUAAUCGUACAAGCCAAUGGGCAACUUAUGCAAGAUGCUACACAAGUGUAAAUACGAACAUGCACAUAGAAGCUUUCCACCGUCUUGUAAAAACUGUUUACUUUCAGCAAAAACAAAAUAGGAGAGUAGAUGCACUUUUGAACGUUCUUCUGAAAUUGGCCAGAGACAAAGCAUUUGAACGACUCAUCAAGACUGAGAAGGGAAAGCUCACUCACAAGAUUUCAGAAGUGAACAAGAGGCACACAAGUGCAGAGAAAGUGAGUGAGUGCACUACUGUGACAUCAAUAUCGCAAGAUCACUGGACCAUAAAAUCAGCACAAGGCCAGAGCAGCUAUACUAUCAAAAAGUCUUCGCCACAAGCAUGCUCUUCUUGUCCACUCAAGUGUUCCCACUGUGGAGUGUGUAUGCACAUGUAUUCAUGCACAUGCCUUGAUAGCAUAUUGCAUAGUACAGCCUGCAAACAUGUGCACUUAGUGCACAUGCACAUGCAGCAACAACUCAGUUGUACAGAACAAUCUGAUGAGCAAUCUACGGGUGAUACACUCAAUCAGUCUGACAAUGAGGAAUACUCCACAACAUUUCCUCAAUAUUUGGAAAGAACAAAUUCAGACAACAAAUUUCUUACAGAAUCGCUUGUCACUACUUGCAGGGAAAUACAGCAGAUUAUUCCGAGUAUAUCGAACAUAGCUGCAAAGAGAGCCGCUAACAAACAAUUGAAAUCAACUCUAUCUCUACUUAAAGCUUCGAUUUCAAGUGAAAAUGUUACGCUGCAACCUACAAGGAAGUAUGCAGCAAAUAAGCACCAUGAGAAGCAACAGAGGUUUUACUCAACAAGACAGAAAAAAGCAAGUACAUCAAGUAGAUGGAGUAAACCAACUGCAGAAGAGCAGGUAUCCAUCAGCAAUGAACUAGCCACAAUUGAAGUUAAGUUUUGCGGUAUUUGUUUUAAGGAAGAUGACGGUAACUCUGAAUGUGACUUCAAUGAAUGGGUUGAAUGCUGUGGGUGUGAUAUCUGGAUACAUACAACUUGUAGUAGCAAACGUGGUGACUUAGAAUUUUGUCAUUUUUGUUGAUAGUAUAGAUAGAUCUAAUUAUGUAUAUAUACACAUCAUCAUAUUAAAUAAUUAUGACAUAAAUGUUAUUGACAAUUACAGUCUUAAGGAUUUUUCAGUAACUUUGUGAUGGACAGCCAUACUCUGCGGUCCUCCACACUCUGCGGUCCUCGAUCGGGGAUUAAGUCACUACAGUGCCAUAGACUUGCAACCUGUAAUGUUAGUAAAGAGAGAAUAGAUUUAAUUAAAUGUAUAUACUAUAUGUACUGUCUCUCUGUAUUGAUUAACACGGACACUGAGACACUCUCACUCAGUCGCAGAAAUGCAUGCAGGAACUCACAGACACCUUGGAACACUUGCAGACACUCUCAGAUACCGAGGGACACUAGGGAUACUAGAAUACACUGUCACUCACUCAAAAACACCAGUGAACACUCACAGACACCCAGGAACACUCAUAGACACUGGCAGACACUCUCAUUCACUUGCAGACACCAGCAAACAUUGGCAUACACCCAUGAUCACUGGCAGACACUCAGGAACACUCGCAAACACUCUCACUCACUCGCAGACACCAGCGAACACUGGCAUACACCCAUGAUCACUGGCAGACACUCAGGAACACUCGCAAACACUCUCACUCACUCGCAGACACCAGCGAACACUGGUAUACACCCAUGAUCACUGGCAGACACUCAGGAACACUAUAACAAACACUCUCACUCACUCGCAGACACCAGCGAACACUGCAUGGCAUACACCCAUGAUCACUGGCAGACACUCAGGAACACUAACAAACACUCUCACUCACUCGCAGACACCAGGGAACACUCACAGACAUCGAGGGACACUAGCAGACACCAGUGAACACUCACAGACACCCAGGAACACUCAUAGACACUGGCAGACACUCUCACUCACUUGCAGACACCAGCGAACACUGGCAUACACCCAUGAUCACUGGCAGACACUCAGGAACACUCGCAAACACUCUCACUCACUCGCAGACACCAGCGAACACUGGCAUACACCCAUGAUCACUGGCAGACACUCAGGAACACUAA